GUUGGAAUAUUCCAUAUGAGUUCAACGAAUCUGACCUCAGAAUCAGUAUGCGACAGAUCCAGAUGUUUCUGAAUGAAUAUGAAGAAAUCCCAUUUGAAGCUCUGACAUAUCUAACAGGGGAAUGUAACUAUGGAGGUAGAGUAACAGAUGAUAAAGACAGGCGUCUUCUCCUGUCCCUUCUUUCCAUAGUCUAUAGCAAGGAUAUAGAGCAGGACAAGUACAUGCUUGCACCUGGAGAUGACUACUACAUACCACCACAUGGUCCGUAUGAGUCUUACAUUGAAUACCUACGAAGUUUACCAAUUACAACACACCCUGAAGUGUUUGGACUUCAUGAAAACGCAGACAUCACCAAGGAUAACCAGGAGACUAACCAGCUUUUCAGUGGAGUGCUGCUGACUUUACCUAGAGAAGCAGGGGGAGGUGGGAAGUCCCCUCAGGUAACUGGGGAAGAAAGAUCACCUUGCACUCUGGAAAAUUUGGCGCAGGACAUCCUAUCCAAAUUACCAAGUGGCUUUGAUGUUAAAGAGGUUAUGAAGGUAUACCCAGUACUUUAUGAAGAGUCCAUGAAUACAGUUCUUAGGCAAGAAUUAAUUCGAUUUAACAGGCUUACUGAAGUUGUUCGGAGCAGCCUCAUUAAUUUAGGCAAAGCCAUUAAAGGCCAAGUGUUGAUGUCAUCUGAACUUGAAGAUGUUUUCAACAGCAUGCUAAUGGGAAAAGUACCAUCAAUGUGGGCUACCAAAUCCUAUCCAUCACUGAAGCCACUGGGAGGUUAUGUGUCCGAUCUCCUCUGUCGUUUGGUCUUCUUCCAGGAUUGGGUCAUCAAUGGGCCACCCACAGUCUUUUGGCUCUCAGGAUUCUUCUUCACUCAGUCUUUUUUGACCGGUGUUUUACAAAACUAUGCCAGAAAACACACCAUCCCAAUCGACCAUAUUGGAUUUGAAUUUGAGGUGAUGAAACAGGAGCACACGAUGGAGAAAAUGCCAGAAGAUGGGGCUUAUGUGAGAGGCCUUUUUUUGGAAGGUGCACGAUGGGAUAGAGAAUCCUCGGUAAUUGGAGAAUCACUUCCAAAAAUCCUUUAUGAUUGUUUGCCCAUAAUUUGGCUGAAACCUGGAGAAAGUUCCAGAUUUCUUCACAUGAACAUCUAUUCAUGCCCUGUAUACAAGACAAGUGCAAGAAGAGGUGUCUUAUCCACUACUGGCCACUCAACCAACUACGUUCUCUCAAUUGAACUCCCUUCAGACAAGCCCCAGAAACACUGGAUAAAUCGAGGUGUGGCAGCACUAUGCCAGUUAGAUGACUGAGAGUAUGCAAGUCAAAACACUCACAUUUUGUUAUUAAAAGAUAUAUUUUACUCCA